AUGUCGUCAUACAUUGGAGAAGAAUAUCAAAGUAAUAUUUACCAAUAUGAUGAAGUUCCAGAAAAUAAAUCAUGGGCCUCAACUUUACCAGUAGCUAAAGGGUUAUAUAAUCCAGAAUUUGAGAAAGAUGCUUGUGGGGUUGGUUUUACUUGUCAUUUAAAAGGUAAACCAAGUCAUAAAAUCGUUAGUGAUUCAAGAAAUCUUUUAUGUAAUAUGACCCAUAGAGGUGGUGAAUUAAAUCCAAAAGAUGGAGAUGGUGCUGGAUUAUUAUCUUCAUUACCUCAUGAAUUUUUAAAGAAAGAAUUUAAAUAUCAUUGUAAUGUUGAUUUACCAAAAUUAGGUCAAUAUGGUAUUGGUAAUAUUUUCUUCAAGAAAGAUGAUCAAAUCUUUGAAAAAUCAAAGAAAACUUUUGAAGAUAUUGCUAAUUCUUUAGAUUUAAAGAUUUUAGGUUGGAGAAAAGUUCCUCACGAUUCAUCAAUUUUAGGUCCUGCUUCAUUAUCAAGAGAACCUUUGAUUUUACAACCAGCAGUUAUUUUGAAUGAAAUUUAUAAUAAAGAUAUUGAUGAAGAUGAUUUCAAUAAUAAUUAUAAUAAGGAAUUCCAAAAAAGAUUAUUUAUUUUAAGAAAACAAUCAACUCACACUAUUGGUUUACAUAAUUGGUUUUAUAUUUGUUCAUUAUCAAACCAAACUAUUGUUUAUAAAGGUCAAUUAGCCCCAAAUCAAGUUUUCAGUUAUUAUCAUGAUUUAGUUAAUAGUGAAUAUCAAGCUCAUUUUGCUUUAGUUCAUUCCAGAUUUUCAACCAAUACUUUCCCAAGUUGGGAUAGAGCUCAACCUUUAAGAUUAGCUGCUCAUAAUGGUGAAAUUAAUACUUUAAGAGGUAAUAAAAAUUGGAUGAGAGCUAAAGAAGGUAUAAUGAAAUCUGAAUUAUUCGGUGAUGAAUUAGAUAAAUUAUAUCCAAUUAUUGAAGAAGGGGGUUCAGAUUCUGCUGCUUUUGAUAAUGUUUUAGAAUUAUUAGUCAUUAAUGGUAAAUUAUCAUUACCUGAAGCUGUUAUGAUGUUAAUUCCUGAAGCUUGGCAAAAUGAUAAAUUAAUUGAUCCAAAAAAGAAAGCUUUCUAUGAAUGGGCUGCUUGUCUUAUGGAACCUUGGGAUGGUCCAGCUUUAUUUACUUUUGCCGAUUCAAGAUAUUGUGGAGCUAAUUUAGAUAGAAAUGGUUUAAGACCUUGUCGUUAUUAUGUUACUAAUGAUGAUAGAAUUAUUGUUGCAUCUGAAGUUGGGGUUAUUGAUGUUGAACCAGAAAAUAUUUUACAAAAAGGUAGAUUACAACCAGGUAAAAUGUUAUUAGUUGAUACUAAAGAAGGUAGAAUUGUUGAUGAUAAAGAAUUAAAAUCAAAAGUUGCAUCUAAAUUCGAUUUUAAAUCUUGGAUUUUAGCUAAUUUAAUCACUAUGAAAGAUUUAGUAGGUAAAUUAGAAGGUAAAGUUGAUUUAUCAACCAAAAAAGCUCCUGUUUCAACUUCAAUUCAAAGUGAUCCAAGAUUAAUUGCUUUUGGUUACAGUCAUGAACAAAUGUCUUUAAUUUUAUCUCCAAUGGCUGAAGGUAAAGAAGCUUUAGGUUCUAUGGGUAAUGAUAAUGCUUUAGCUUGUCUUUCUGAACAACCUAAAUUAUUAUAUGAUUACUUUAAACAAUUAUUUGCUCAAGUUACUAAUCCUCCAAUUGAUCCAAUUAGAGAAGAAAUUGUUAUGAGUUUAGAUUGUUACAUUGGUCCUCAAGGUAAUUUAUUAGAAACUAAACCUGAUCAAUGUAACAGAUUGAAAAUUUCUUCACCAAUCUUAUCAAAUAAAGAAUUAAAUGCUAUUUUAAAUAUGUCAAUUGUUUAUCCAAAAUGGUCAGUUGCUAAAAUUGAUAUCACUUUUGAUAAAUCUGAAGGUAUUCAAGGUUAUAUUAAUACUUUAGAUAGAAUUUGUCAAGAAGCUUCAAAUGCCAUUGCCAAUUCUAACAAAGUUAUUGUUUUAACUGAUAAAUUAACUGAUGCUAACAGAUUACCAAUUUCUGCUUUAUUAGCUAUGGGUGCUGUUCAUCAUCAUUUAGUUAGACAAAAACAACGUUCUAAAGCUGCUUUGAUUAUUGAAACUGCUGAAGCUAGAGAAGUUCAUCAUUCUUGUUUAUUAGUUGGUUAUGGUGCUGAUGGUAUUAACCCUUACUUAGCCAUUGAAACUUUAAUUAGAAUGAAAGAUGAAGGUUUAUUGAAAAAUGAAUCUUUAACUGAAGAAAAAAUCGUUGAUAACUAUAAACUUGCUAUCAAUGCUGGUAUUACUAAAGUUAUGUCUAAAAUGGGUAUUUCCACUUUAUCAUCAUAUAAAGGGGCUCAAAUUUUCGAAGCUUUAGGUAUUGAUAACUCUGUUAUUGAUAGAUGUUUCGCUGGUACUGCUUCAAGAAUUAAAGGUAUUACUUUUGAAUACAUUGCUCAAGAUGCUUUCACUAUGCAUGAAAGAGGUUUCCCAACCAGAGAAACUAUUAAACCUUUGGGUUUACCAGAAACCGGGGAAUAUCAUUGGAGAGAUGGUGGUGAAAACCAUAUUAAUGAUCCUGCUGCUAUUGCCUCAGUUCAAGAUGCCGUUAGAAACAAAAAUGAAUCAGCUUAUCAAGCUUAUUCCAAGAAAGAAACUGAAGCUAUUAGAAACAGUACUUUAAGAGGUUUAUUAGAUUUCGAUAGUGCUUCUUGUACUCCAGUUCCAAUUGAUCAAGUUGAACCUUGGACUGAAAUUGUUAGAAGAUUCUUUACCGGGGCCAUGUCUUAUGGUUCUAUUUCCAUGGAAGCUCAUUCUACUUUAGCUGUUGCUAUGAACAGAUUAGGUGGUAAAUCUAACACUGGGGAAGGUGGUGAAGAUUCUGCUAGAUCUGCUGUUAGUGAAAAUGGUGAUACUAUGAGAUCUGCCAUUAAACAAAUUGCUUCUGGUAGAUUCGGUGUUACUUCAUACUAUUUAGCUGAUGCCGAUGAAUUACAAAUUAAAAUGGCUCAAGGUGCUAAACCUGGUGAAGGGGGUGAAUUACCAGGUAACAAAGUUUCAUUAGAAAUUGCUAAAACUAGACAUUCCACUCCAGGGGUUGGUUUAAUUUCUCCACCACCUCAUCAUGAUAUUUAUUCUAUUGAAGAUUUGAAACAAUUAUUAUAUGAUUUGAAAUGUGCUAAUCCAAGAGCCAGAACUUCAGUUAAAUUAGUUUCUGAAGUUGGUGUGGGUACCAUUUCUGCUGGGGUUGCCAAAGCUGGUGCUGAAAAUAUUUUAGUUUCUGGUGAUUCUGGUGGUACUGGUGCUGCCAAAUGGACCUCCAUUAAACAUGCCGGUUUACCAUGGGAAUUAGGUUUAGCUGAAGCUCAUCAAACUUUAGUUUUGAAUGAUUUAAGAGGAAGAGUUAUCUUACAAACUGAUGGUAACAUCAAAACCGGUAGAGAUGUUGCUAUUGCUACAUUAUUAGGUGCUGAAGAAUUCGGUUUCGCUACUGCUCCUUUGAUUGCCUUAUCAUGUAUUAUGAUGAGAAAAUGUCAUUUAGGUACUUGUCCUGUUGGUAUUGCUACUCAAGAUCCUAUCUUGAGAAAGAAAUUCACUGGUACCCCAGAACAUGUUAUCAAUUUCUUCUACUAUGUUGCUAAUGAAUUUAGACAAAUCAUGGCUAACUUAGGUUUCAGAACUGUUGCUGAAAUGAUUGGUAGAACAGAAAAAUUAGUUGUUAGAGAAGACUGGAAAAAUACCAAGAAUGCUAACAUUGAUUUAUCACCAAUUUUAACUCCAGCUCAUUCUAUUAGACCUGGUGUUCCAACUCAUUGUGUUAGAAAACAAGAUCAUAGAUUACACGUUAGAAUUGAUAACAAAUUAAUCGAUGAAUCAGAAUUAACCUUAGCUAAAGGUUUACCUGUUACUAUUGAUUGUGAUGUUGUUAAUACUGAUAGAUCUUUAGGUACUACUUUAUCUUAUAGAGUUUCUAAAACUUUUGGUGAACAAGGUUUACCUCAUGAUACUAUUCAUGUUAAUGCUAAAGGUUCAGCUGGUCAAUCUUUUGGUGCUUUCUUAGCUCCAGGUAUUACUUUAGAAUUAGAAGGUGAUGCUAACGAUUAUAUCGGUAAAGGUUUAUCAGGUGGUAGAAUUAUUGUUUACCCACCAAAGGAAUCUCAAUUCAAAGCUGAAGAUCAAAUUAUUGCCGGUAACACUGCAUUCUUUGGUUCAACUUCAGGUACUGCAUUCAUCAGAGGGGUUGCCGCUGAAAGAUUUGCUGUUAGAAAUUCCGGUGCCAACAUUGUUGUUGAAGGUACCGGUGACCACGGUUGUGAAUAUAUGAGUGGUGGUAGAGUCAUUGUUUUAGGUUCUACUGGUAGAAAUUUCGCUUCCGGUAUGUGUGGUGGUAUUGCUUAUGUCUUAGAUAUGGCUCAAGAUUUUGCUAGUAAAGCUAACUUGGAUACUGUUGAAUUAUCAUCAUUAGAAGAUCCAAGUGAAAUUGCUUUCAUCAGAGGUUUAAUUGAAGACCAUCGUCAUUACACUGGUUCUGAAGUUGCUGAUGCUAUUUUGAAUGAUUUCAACAGAAUCUUACCAAGAUUUGUUAAAGUCUUACCAAACGAUUAUAAGAAAGUCUUAGAAGAAGAAAAGAAGAAGAAAGAAGAAAGUAAGAAACAAGAAUUGAACAAAUUCUUAAAAUCUAUCAAAGAAGAUCCAGAAAGUGAUGCUACUAAUGGUGAAGCUGCUAAGAUCAAACACGGUCAUGUUCACAGACCUUCAAAAGACAUUAAGAAUGAACCUAAAGUCUUAGAUUUAGAAGAUUCAGUUAAAGACGUUGAAAAUGCUUCUGGAGCUGUUGCUAAAUUAGAUAAAGUUAAAGGUUUCAUGAAAUAUAAGAGAAGAAAUGAAAAAUACAGAAAUUCAAAAGAUAGAACUGGUGACUGGAAAGAAUUAUCAUCAAGAUUAACUAAAGAUGAAUUGAAAUAUGAAACCGCUAGAUGUAUGGAUUGUGGUGUUCCAUUCUGUACUUCAGAUACUGGUUGUCCAAUUUCUAAUGUUAUUCCAAAAUGGAAUGAAUUAGUUUUCCAAGACAGAUGGUAUGAUGCUUUACAAAGAUUAUUAAUGACUAACAAUUUCCCAGAAUUUACUGGUAGAAUUUGUCCAGCUCCAUGUAAUGGUGCUUGUACUUUAGGUCUUAUUGAAGAACCAGUCAACAUUAAAUCUGUUGAAUGUGCCAUUAUCGAUCACGGUUUCGAACAAGGAUGGAUUAAACCAAAUCCUCCAAGUUUCAGAACCGGUAAAACUGUUGCUGUUAUUGGUUCAGGUCCAGCCGGUUUAGCUGCUGCUGAUCAAUUAAACAAAGCUGGUCAUCAAGUUACUGUUUAUGAAAGAAGUGACCGUCCAGGUGGUUUAUUAAUGUAUGGUAUUCCAAACAUGAAAUUAGACAAGAGAUUAGUUUCUAGAAGAACUGAUUUAAUGGCUGCCGAAGGUAUUGAAUUCAUCUGUUCAACUACUGUUGGUGAAGAUAUCACUGUUGAUGAAUUGAAAACUUCUUAUGAUGCUGUUAUCUUUGCUGUUGGUUCUACCAUCCCAAGAGAUUUAAGAAUCCCAGGUAGAGAAUUAAACAACAUUAACUUUGCUAUGCAAUUAUUAUCUAAAAACACCAAAGCUUUGUUAGAUGGUGGAUUAGAAAUGAUUAAAGAUGAAAUCAAAGAUAAACAUGUUGUUGUUAUUGGAGGUGGUGAUACCGGUAAUGAUUGUUUAGGUACUGCUACUAGACAUGGUGCUAAAUCAGUUACUAAUUUCGAAUUAUUACCACAACCACCAAAUGCUAGACCAAAAGAUAAUCCAUGGCCACAAUGGCCAAGAAUCUUCAGAGUUGAUUAUGGUCAUAGUGAAGUUGCUACUCAUUACGGUAAAGAUCCAAGAGAAUAUAGUAUCUUGUCUAAAAAUUUCGUUGAUGAUGGUGAAGGUAAUGUUAAAGGUAUUAAUACCGUUAGAGUUGAAUGGAAGAGAUCCGAUUCUGGUGCUUGGCAAAUGGCUGAAGUUCCAGGCAGUGAAGAAUUCUUCCCAGCUGAUUUAGUUUUAUUAUCAAUGGGUUUCGUUGGUCCAGAAGCUGAUAACUUAACUGUUGAUAAAACUAAGAGAGGAACCAUUGAAACCACUGAUUCUAACGGUUAUAAAGUUGGAUCAGGUAAUAUGUUCGCUGCCGGUGAUUGUAGAAGAGGUCAAUCAUUAGUUGUUUGGGGUAUCCAAGAAGGUAGACAAUGUGCUAGACAAGUUGAUAACUACUUAAUGGAUUCAACCAGAUUACCAGGUAAUGGUUCUAUUGAACAAAGAAAUUAUAAAUUAUUAGAAGAAUUAGCUGAUAAAAUUUAA